GUAAUACUCAUGCUGACCGGAUGUGCAGUUCGGUCUCAGUCCACAGUUCACACAAAGGAGCGGCAGCCGGCGGACGACGGAAGGCCUCAGUAACCUACAUUCUGCAGACGGACUGGUUCGUUUAGACAGGUCAACAUGGUGAAGAUAUUUGUGGGAAACCUGUCCACGGAGGCGACCCAGGAUGAGCUCAAAGAACUCUUCGAGCAGUACGGCAGCGUCAUGGAGUGUUCCAUCAUCAAGAACUUCGCGUUUGUUCACAUGGAUGACCGCAAAGCUGCCACAAAAGCCAUCAAGAACCUGCAUCAUUACGUUCUGCACGGCACGCCCAUGAACGUGGAGGCCAGCCACGGCAAGAACCAGGGUCCAGUCAAACUGCACGUGGCCAACGUAGAAAAGGGAUGUGACGAUGAGCUCCUCGCCCUUUUUGAGGAGUAUGGCACGGUUUCGGAGUGUGCCGUCGUCAAAAAUUUUGCUUUUGUACACAUGCCCAAUUACGAUGAGGCAAUGGAUGCGCUGAAGGAUCUGGACAACACAGAAUUCCAAGGCAAACACAUCCACGUGCAGAUUUCCAAGAGCCGACCGCGACACGAAGGGCCUGACGAUUACCCCCCUCCUCCACCUCCUGACUACUGGCCUUCACGUUAUCCAGACAGGCCUGAUAUGCCCCCACCUUACAUGAGAGGCCGCUAUGGCCCCCCGAGUUACCCCCCACCUCCCCCGCUGCCACCUCCUCCCCCCAGGCGGCCCCUUUACGCCGAGCGUCCCUACGACAAUGAGAGGGAUAGGUACAACAGUGUGGUAGAUUACUAUGAGAAGUACAGAGCGCGCCCCUACGGCUCAGGGUAUGAUGACCAGCGAGCACCCAUUCCUCCCCCGCCGCCGCCCGCUCCCGUCGCCCGAGACCCGUACGAGCGUCGGCCACUUCCGCCGCCUCCGUCGUCAUACUACCCCCGAGAUCGCAGUCCCAUCAGACGCCCGCCCACUGCCCCCGUCCCGCCUUCAUCUAACGGCUACAGCUACGAUCGCUCCCGCAUUGCCCCCGGAUACAACAGGGACCCCUACGCCGAACUGCCCCCGCCGCCCGCUGCUCGAUAUGCUUAUUAACCAAGGAUCGCCGUCUCUCGACUGCGUCGGCGCUCGUCCCCUUGAUGUACGCGACUAAAAUCUACCCAUUUGUGCGGCGCAGCGCGUUAUCGCUGACGUACAGGAAGUGAAUUGUGGACGUUCAUGUUAUUUUUAUUUAGGAAUUGUUUUUUUAGGUUUUCGCUUCAAGUCUUUUAGUUUUUCAAUGUGUUGUAGUAUUUUAAUACCUGCCUCAUGUUGUCGCUUUUAUUUUUAUCACAACGAAAUAGCUAGUGUCUACUACUGUAUAAAUAGGCGACCAGUGUAACAGUAUAUAAAGUUGGACUGAAUCCUCUUUAAUAAUACCAAUGAAUUUGCACGUUAAAAAGCGUUCAUUUGGUUGUAAACGCGUAACUUUUUGGAAAAAAAACGAAGGUGUUAAGACGUUCCCGCUAAUCACAUCCUACUGUUUAAUCAUGACGAUUAUAUUUCCAUAAAAAUGCUUGGAUAUUCUGUUGGCUGCAGUAAAAUUGUGAUUUGAAAAUCAAGCGUUUUGUCGAGCCGUCCUGACUUUAAAGUUCAUGCAUCAAUCACCAGCUGAAGUUAUGAUCAGCUUUCUGCCCGUGGUAAAACACACACACACAGUUUAUCUGCAGUUUGGGUAAAGGAGUCUCAUGAAACUGGAGGCUUUGAGAAUCUGGAAUUUUCAGGUAAGUAAAAGAGAAGGACAUGUAAUGAUUCAUGUACUGGCCACAUUUUAUAACUUCAUCUCAUUCAAAGAUCUUCAGUCCUAAGUUUCUAGCCCUGAACAUAAGAUGUGCAUGCAGAUUUCUUAUGUAUUACCUUUUGUCAUUGUUUAAACAGGGAACAGUGUUGAAAGUUUUUGUGCCACGGACAUUAAUAAAAUUAUUCCAAUACA